GCAUAUAAUAGUAGUAAGUAGUAUUUAAGAGUCACAAGAACAUGUUCUUCUUAAGUAGUAAGUAUUUAUAUUUUGUGAUGGGCAGUGGCCUAUUACUAGUAUUACCUUUGUAUGCUGUUGUUGAGUUUUUUUAUCCAUUUAUUCUUCAUGGCUAAUUUUUGCUGUUCCAUUGAGAUGGAGCCUAAGACAUUGAGCCAAGGUCAACUCAACCUUGCCCGUGAAGUUGCUGUUGACAUAGUACAAAAUACACAAUCGGACGAAACAUCAAAUCUAUUUCAAGAGGGAGGAAAGGGAGUUGUUCAAAUAAAGGAAGGUUUAGUGGUAAUUGAGGAAGCAGAAUCUGUUGUAGAAGAAGAUUGCAUUGGGAAAACAAACGUGGUGAUCGAGGCUUCCUGUCAAUGCGCCUAUCCAUCGGCGAUAACUGACGACUCGCCUGACCAAUCUAAGUUCAAGGAACCACUCUCUGCUCCCUUUUGAUUCCUAACUUCCUCCAUCAUAUCCAAAUAAACACAUCAUCUUCUCCUUGUUUACUUAUUUACCUCUCUGUAAUUUUAUUUUACGUGUUUUGGAGUCUAACUAAUUCAGAUUCACAUCAUGUAAUCGUUUUUUAUUUGUUUUGGAGUCUAACUAAUUCAGAUUCACAUCAUGUAAUCACUUAAGACGCAUAAUGAAAUGGAAAGCUUUAGUAUUAGUUUUUU